AUGGUGUACAUCAAGAACUGGACGGAUUUCGAGACUGCAACGACAGAUCUAUAUGCCCGAUCACCAUCCAAGGUCAGGUAUUGCGUCAAAUUCGUACCGAAGUCUGGACAGUUAGUAUUGAAAGUGACGAAUGAUGUCAAGUGCAUAAAAUACAAAUCCCACUCAUCGAUAAUACUCAACCGAUUCGAAUCUCUUAAUCUCCGCUUACUCACUCAGAUGUCCAAUACUCGUACGAAGAGAUUACCUAUACCCAACCCAGCUAGUGGUCUUGGUACGCCGGCCGUAGAAACACCUGAAAGAGGAGGAACACCCGCUUUGGAGGAGGUAUCUACGAAUGAUAAGGACAAGUCGCAGGGUGGACCAGGUGGUAGUAACGCGGGGCAGGGGGGCAAGAGUGGAGGAGGAAAGAAGAAGAAGAAGGGAAAGAAGUAA